GUGUUUUUGUUUGACACGUGAAUUCUUUUUCCAAACAUUUUCAACACGGUGGACCCUGUGGGGUGUAUGUCGCGAGUCGAUGACGUACACGGAAGUGUCACGGUGGUUGGGGCGAAAAAGCUAGCUUCUUUGCUUUCCAGUUUCGUUUUGGGCGCUAUGUUCGUUUAUCGAGCGCACCCCGUGUUGAAAUUCGGCGUUCGACGAUGAAAGUCGCGCGCGUUUGUUUGUGGCUGCACGCUUUGUCGACCUUUGCGAUGCUGGCCGGUGCUUUCGACCCCAUUACGACCACUGUAGUAUUCGGCGUCGGCGCCGUGUUGAGCCGAACCAUUUAUAACUAUUUACGCGAGAGCUGCAAUCCCAAAUGGAUCUCCUUUAACGUCACAGGUCUGCAGGAGGACCUCAGUACCAGGCUGUUCGGGCAGCACUUGGCCUCGCACAUCAUUGCCAAGGCGGUGAGCGGCUUCAUGAACAACGCCAACCCCAAGAAGCCGCUGGUGCUCUCUCUGCACGGCUGGACCGGCACAGGCAAGAACUUUGCCAGCGCGCUCAUCGCGGAAAGCAUCUACAAGGAGGGCAUGGACAGCCAAUUUGUGCACGUCUUCACCGCCGAGCUCCACUUUCCGCAUGCCGGUCAGAUGGACGCCUACAAGACUCAACUGCAGCAGUGGAUCAAGGGCAACGUGAGCAGCUGCGAUCGGUCCAUGUUCAUCUUCGACGAGAUGGACAAGAUGCACCCGGGCCUGAUUGACAGCAUCAAGCCCUACUUGGACUACUACGACAAAGUGGACGGCGUCUCCUACCGCAAAGCCAUCUUCAUCUUUCUCAGCAACGCCGGCGGCGAGAGCAUCGUGCAGACGACGUUGGAUUUCUGGAAAGCGGGCAGAAGUCGCGAGGAGAUCGAGCUGAAGGACGUGGAGACGUCGCUCGCGCUGUCCGUCUUCAACAACAAGAGAAGCGGCCUGUGGCACACGAGCCUGAUUGACAAGAACCUGGUGGACUUCUUUGUGCCCUUCCUGCCGCUGGAGUACAAGCACGUGGUUCAGUGCGCCAUGGCCGCCAUGUCCGCUCAGGGCCUGGAGCCCGACGCCGCCGUGGCCGACAAGGUGGCGGCCGAUCUGCUCUACUUCCCCAAAGCCGAGCGCGUCUUCUCCGUCAAGGGUUGCAAGACCAUCGACAGCAAGUGGGAAUACUACGUAUAGCGGCAGGACGGGCGCCGCCAUCUGAUCAUCGCCGGGCGCACGUUGUGACAAGCGGGAAAAACUCAAGUGGUGUCGCCCACUCUGAACUUCAAAAAAAAAAAAAAAGUGAUUCCCUUUCAAUUGAAAGUGAAUCAUGAAGGUUUUUUUUUUUUGACUGUGAUUUUUUUCAAUUUUUUUUUCUCCAAAAGGGUUCGUCUAUUUAACAGACGGGGAAAAAAAUGUCAACACACCAAGCAAACGUGGAUAUGUCCCUGCUGUUGUCAAAAAA